AUGGAUGACGAGUACUCGAGCGGCAGCGACGACGAAACGAUUAUCAUCGACUUCGACGGCGCGGGUUGUUGCGGCCGCCGCUACGCCGUCCUAACUGAACAGAAGAUACGCCAAAAACUAAGCCUAGAAGCAGCCAUGACGGCCGAGGAGCUCUCGGUCCCGGAGGACUGGGCCCUGGCCCUCCUCUUCCACUACCGGUGGCGCGCCUACGAUCUGCAGCACGACUGGGAAUCUGACCAGGCCGCCGUGCGCGACGCCGUCGGCCUCCCCGGCGCCGGCGACACCGCCCCGGACCGCGACGACGAGGAGGACAAGGAGACGACCGUAGCGUGCGGGAUAUGCCUGGAGGCCCGCCCCGCGGCGGCGAUGGCCUCGGCGGGGUGCGCGCUCCGCUUCUGCCACGGCGGCUGCGGGAGCAUCGUGUGCGCGCCGCCGUGCUCGUACCGCUUCUGCUGGCGCUGCCUCUGCCCGAUGGGCGACCCCUACCGCCCCCGCAUCAGCCACUACGACUGCCCGGAGCUCUACGCGCCGGAGCAGGAGGCGGAGGACGACGAGGAGUCCCGGAAGGCGCACGAGCGGCGGCGGGAGCGCGCGGGGCGGGCGCUGGAGGGGCUGCGGUUGAGGGAUCAGGAGGAGGAGGAAGACGACGACGACGGGCACCGGGCGCAGUGGGACCUGCUCGACUUCCAGCUCGGCCAGGCGGGCGCCAUGCUGUUGCGGCUGCAGUGUUGCGUCGAGGUGGGGCCGGAGAGGAAGGACUUCGCCGUGUGUGCGACGCGGCGCUUCGUUGAGAACUUCGGCAAGGCGGUGGCGAGCGGCGAGGUCGGCGAGCCGGCGUCGAGCAGCAGGACUGGCUCGGGAGAUGUGGAGGAUGAUCACUAG